AGUUGUGGUACCUUAUUUGAGAGCGAUUUAAUGAGACCGUUCUACGUGCACAAGGGGAAAGGAAACAGCUGAGUGGCUACGCGAAAGGCUGACCUACUUGCAUAGGAUAUUCAGGCUCUGAGGGGAGGAUGGAAACCGCGCUCAGCCGUGCGCCACGCAUCACCACCUGUCGGGAGAGAGAAUGGUCGGAUACUUUGGCGUCGUCUGCUAGCAAUGCCCGGUUGAGGGCAUCGCCCUCAGAGACGGUAAUGGUAUGGUAUUGGUAUGGCCCGCCAUAGUAUUGGUAUAGUUCCUUUGUGCGUGACACCAUCGACAGGGGACGCCACGACCUGAACAUUUCAGACAACCGUGUUCCGCAUACUACGACAGUACCUUCCAGGGCAGGCGCGGAAGGCGUUUAUUGCACUAACACACUCUCGAUAGGGCAUUUCAAUGAGCAUUUUCAAUAUGGACGGAAUAACAAGAGCGCGAACAACGAAGUGGAGGAAGAAGAAGGAGAACGGCGGCUGUUUCCCAACUCAUCUACUAUUCUGUAGCUAGGAACGGUCAGCUGGCGAUGGAGGGUAGAACUGUAUCGGGGACAUUUACUUCAGAAAUUCGACAUAUAAACUCGCGUUUUGUUAGUGCACUCCGAGGGACAGAGAACCAAUUGAAAGAGGGCAUCAAAGCGAACAAGAAUAUGCUCCUGAUUGUCUCAUUUUGCUUAGUCUUCUUGCUGGUACUCUCGGGUUUCGUGGUCAUUGACUUCUUUGGACUAUGGUCAAGGACAGAAGAUACCGACGCCAGCAUGGUCCGGCAACUAAGAAUGGACGAUUCACGCCGCGACGGCAGUCAUGCUCGUAAAGCUCGUUUCCCCCUCUUGUGCCACCUGACGUCACCGAGUCUCCUGCCCGACGAUUUCCAAUUCACGUCACUUCCCAUGUCUUGCAUCUGUGAUUACGUUAUACUGGAAAUUAAUAUGGACAGAGAUGCUUCUUGUAACCCCGAAGACCUUGACUUCCUCGAUGAAUACUUAGGAUCAAGCAAGGUGUUGUUGACGUUUCCCCGACUUAAAUGGAGAAUCAUGAAGAAAGCAGCCCGCUCUCAGGCCUUUAAAGAGAACGCUCGAGACCUCUACAAGAGACAGGGAGUUCGAGGCUUUGGACUUCUUUCAUUCCACUACAAGAGGCUUCAAGACCUUGAUGAAGAGACAAAGUCUAUCUUAGAAUUUUUCAACGUGUUGAAAGAAAGCCUACGAGCUGUGGGACAUCGAUCAAAAGUUGCCAACUUUUUCUCAAUCCAACCACGCUACCUCUCAGAGGGGAUGGAUACCUUCAAACGACUCUUCGUAGGGCUUGAGAGGAGAGUCAAGUUCAUAAUACUAGAAACUUUCACCAAGAGGAAGAGUAACUGCGUCGUUGAAGCGACAUCUUCCUGGACUGCCGACGGUGUUGCCGGCGACACGGAGCCCAACGUGAAAUCUGCCCUUGACCUGAUCCUGUCGGUCUCCACAUCACCUCAAGCCACAUACGUGAUCUCGUUUACGUUACGAGCAACAAAGUUUUCUGAUGUAAGCGGCACUGGAGAAGGAAUUAUUGGAAAAGAAUGCGCUAAGCUGGAUUACAAUAGCUAUCUUGAGUAUUGCGAACAUUCAAACGAAACGGAGCGGAAGACAGGGGCACGGUGGUCAGGAUACGACCGGUAUAAUAUCUUCGAGUUCUAUAAGGAUUCGCACAACGCGUACGGAUUCGAGACGACCCGUACCAUCGAAGAGAAGAUGAGGCGAGCGUUCAGCUACGUUGGGAGUGACCGCUUCAAGAUGGGAUGGAUGGCAUUCAACGUGACUGGCAACGUGGACAACGGGACAUGCGGGCCGGAAUACGCGCGCCUGCGCAGAACACGGGCCGUCAUUGAAGAAUUUAACUACUCCUAUCGCUAUAAAAAUUUUCCUACAGCAACUGCAUAGCACAUGGCCAUUAAAACCACACACGUC